CCAGAGUCUGUGCCAGGACCAGGAGGACCGGGAUUUCUUUACUUUCUUGUGCAACAAGUGCGUCUGCAUGAUCUUAAACACUUUGAAAGUUAUCAAAAAGAAGGAAACAUGCCGGGUGCUGACAAGAGCCUCAACGACAGUGACUGUGUGCUGCAGGACCAACAUGUGAGUUGUAUUACUUUGGAUGACUCCCACGAAGAUGCCAUGGAAGAAGGCGAACUGGACGACGAGGAUGAAUCCUCACAGGGCGACAAUAUAUGUCAAAUCAUAUUCACAAGCCAAAGCUAUGCAAAAUUUGGAUGUCUCAUUGAGGAAUGCCUCAAGGAGAAGCUAAAUAGUUGUGGCGAAGACAGAAAAAUCGAAAUAUUAUCCAUAGAACAGGACAACAACAUUACCUUGAAUGUUAGAUAUGCAGCAGACAAUGAAAAUGAGUCCCGACUUGACGAUGAACAAAGCGCGCGAACUUUUGAGAAGGAAGAUUCACCCGAUCUUAGUGGUAUAAGUGAGUUGUUCACCAUUGACACUACACCAGCCCAGAAAUUGGAUAGCAUAAAUAUACCCUCGUACAAGCGAGCCAUAAAGGAUGCCCUAUUGGACGAAGAAGCGGCUGCAACCAAGAAACAAAAACAGGAGGAGAAAAAUAUGAAGGCUUCCAAAACAAACAAUUGUUUCAAUUGUGGCGAAGCAGAUCACAACAUCAGAGAAUGUCCAAUGCCACACAAUAUGAAACGCAUCAAGGCGGCCAAAAAGAAUUUCUCCAAAACUGAACGAUAUCAUGUCGAUGUAGAGCAAAGAUUUGCUCAUUUGAGGCCUGGUAAUAUUAGCGAUAAAUUAAGGGAGGCUAUGGGCUUACGAAAGGGCGAGUUGCCCUUCUUCUUUUAUCGUAUGCGUGUUUUGGGAUACCCGCCGGGUUGGUUGGAGGACGCCAAGGUGGAGCACUCUGGUAUCAAUUUAUUUAAUUCAGAUGGUUCCAAAAUAUUAAAUUCUGAUGAAGAUGACGGUGAUGUGGAUACGAAUACCCAUAAAUACAAUGUAUCGAAAAUUAUCGACUUUCCUGGCUUCAAUCAAGACCCAGGAGAAAACUUCUUCGAUGAUUAUAAAUAUCACAAUGUGCCACCGAUGAACAAGAACCAAUUUAAAGAGGAAUUUGUCAAAACCUUGGGUGACAAUGUUGUCAAAGGUUACAAACGCAAGAAGCUCAAAGACUUUCCCAAAUCCAAUGCCGAUGACAGUGGUAAUGAUUUCAAUCACAUCCAAAUAUCUGAUAUGGAAAUUGAAGAUGUUGAGUCGGCUGAAAAUGUGGAAUUUGUGCGACCGCCACCGCCAGCAGAACCUCCACAAUCAACAGAAGAUAUUCCUCCGCCACCACCACCAUUGCCACCUUCAAGUCCAGUCACAAAAGCUCUUACCUCACCCAACUCGCCUGAUUCGCCGUCAUUGGAUGAAUUGGAAGUACGAAAGAAUCAGCUUUUAAAAGAACUGGAUACAUCGGUUAUUGAAAUCGAUGAUUCGCUUGUCGAUGAAAUAAUUGCGCUUGAUAACAGCAUGGAGCAGGAAGAAAAACAAAGCAGUCCGACCCAGAAAAAUACUGAUCCAGGAGAACAAACCAGCCAAACCAAUGAAGAUUCCAAAGAUUCGUGUAAAUCCUCCGAAACUGCAAAUAAUGACAACAUUGACAAAACUUAUAUGGGAACACCGGUAUUGAAAUUCUCUCCCUACGAUAGUCUGCCAAAUGGUGAAAAUUUCAAAGUUGGGGUCAGCGAUGUCAUUAAUUUUGAAAAUUUACCCGAUUCAACGGGUAAAUAUGAAAACAUGAAAGAGCUCAUCAAAAAGGUACGAACGGUAAUACACAAAAUACAUAGCGACGACUAAAAGGAAUUCUUUGUAAUAUUGAUUGAGUGGUAAUACCUAAUUUUAUUAAUAAAUAAAUACAAUAACUUAUUUUAUAAUAAAAAGAA